ACAAGCUGCUUCUCUAAUUCUCAUUUUCACCCUCGCUAACUCUCCCUCAUCAGUCUCUUUGUAUCCUCCGCUGCUCGAAUCGGUUCGUAGUAUUUACUCUCGCCGUCGCACGAGCGCCAUCGAUUCAUGUCCCCACCAACCACCUUCGCUUCGAUCUUUCUAGAAGAAUUCACUGAUAGGAAAGAGCCGUUCUCAUCUUCGUGAGUUCUUCCCUGUGUAUGUUUCUCCUCACUGUUUAUUGAUUGCUUUUAUGCUUCGUUUUCACGAGCUUUGUCGAAUUUUAGAUUUCUGAGAUCAGAUCGGUUUGUAAGGUUUUUGUUAUUGCGAUGGGCUCUGGCGAGGGUUUCUGAAUUUUUUUUUUUAGUUUUUUGAAAGACGGUUUCAAUUCAUUUGUAUCUAUCUAUAUAUAGUAAGAAUACAAAAGAAAUUAGUAAAUAAUGGAGCAAGAGUCUCAAAAGAGAAAGCUAGAAGGGACUGCCGGCGAGCCCAUGAAUGCUCCAAUUCAUUGUGUGAAUAAUUGUGGAUUCUUUGGGAGCCCCAAUACAAAUAAUCUCUGCUCCAAAUGCUACAAAGAAUCCCUUCUCAAACAACCAAAAGCGCAAACACCACCCAGAGAGGAACAUGAUGUGGUUGUGAUUGUAGACAAGAAAGACGAAGUGGGUGUAGAUAAUCAAAUUAUUGAAACCUCAACACAACAUUUAGAAACCAAAACUAGUCAAGUGGAGGAAGGAGCUACUUCAGGGAGCCCUUUGAAGCGGCCGGUGCUGAAUCGGUGCAGCUUCUGCAGGAAGCGCGUUGGGCUGACAGGGUUCAAGUGCCGCUGUGGGCAGACCUUCUGCUCUCAGCACCGCUACUCUGACAAGCAUAAUUGUGCCUUUGAUUACAAAAGUGCAGGCCAGGAUGCCAUUGCCAAGGAAAAUCCUGUUGUGAAGCCAGAUAAGAUGGAGAAGAUAUGAGAUGGGAAGGAGUUUGAUAUAUAUUUGGUAGUAUGGUUUCUUCUCUAAUCUCUAUAGGCUCCUAAGGAUGAUACUUUUGAUGUGUUGGCGAAUAAUGUUUUUACAUUUAUAUAUUUAUUUGUCUGUAUAUAGUUUGGUUGAUUGUUGCGUGCUUAAUGGAGUUCAAUGUGAAAGUUUGAGGUUAUUUAUUAAGUAGUGAUUUAAAUAGCCUUAUACU